CUGCCGCUGGGGAUUUCUACCCCUUCCCCUCCCUACGGCGGCUCCGUACUGCGAGUGAGGCAUUGCAACGCCAGCAGGGCGGCGGCUGCCCGCUGCGCACGGGGGAUAAAGGUUGCGCCGCGCGCCCUCCCUGGCAGUCCUCGGCGCGUGCCGCUUCCUCCCGGGGCCCAGUCAGUCGCGGGCUCUUCGCCGGGCCGGGCCAGAGCGUGGGGCUCCGGGAGCAGCUCCGCUUCCCUCCCUCCUCGUGCGUUGGCACCCACGGGCCUUCCGCAGCGGCGCCGCCAUGACGGAGUGGCGCGGGGGGUUUCUGCAGGAGGCGUCUCAUCAGAUCGCGGCGGGCGGCUCGGCGGGUCUUGUAGAAAUUUGCCUGAUGCAUCCACUUGAUGUUGUGAAAACCAGGUUCCAAAUUCAAAGAGGGAAAACUGAUCCAACAAAUUACAGGAGCUUGGGGGACUGUUUCAGGACCAUUUCCCGGACAGAAGGGUUAUUUGGUUUCUACAAAGGCAUACUUCCUCCUAUUUUGGCUGAAACACCCAAAAGGGCAGUGAAGUUUUUCACUUUCGAACAAUACAAGAAAUUACUAGGAUAUGCUACGCUCCCACCAGGACUGACAUUUGCAGUUGCUGGCUUGGGAUCUGGAUUAACAGAAGCGGUUGUGGUUAACCCUUUUGAAGUAGUAAAGGUUAGCUUGCAGGCCAAUCGGAAUGUUUUCACAGAGCAACCAUCUACCUUUUCACAAGCUCGGCAAAUUAUUAAAACUAAUGGUUUGGGAUUCCAAGGACUCAACCGAGGUCUCACUGCAACCCUGGGCCGUCAUGGAGUUUUUAAUAUGGUUUACUUUGGAUUCUACUUCAAUGUGAAAAACAUUAUUCCAGUCAAUAAGGAUCCCACUUUGGAGUUUUUGAGAAAAUUUGGAAUUGGGCUAGUUUCAGGAACAAUUGCCUCAAUUAUUAAUAUCCCUUUUGAUGUUGCAAAAAGUAGGAUUCAAGGGCCACAACCCAUUCCUGGAGAGACCAAGUACAGAACCUGUUUUAAAACUAUGGCAACGGUCUAUAAAGAAGAAGGAUUUCUGGCUUUGUACAAAGGGUUGGUUCCCAAGAUCAUGAGGCUUGGCCCAGGUGGUGCUGUGAUGCUCUUGGUUUAUGAGUAUGCUUAUGCAUGGCUUCAAGAAAACUGGUAAUUGGAAGUAGUAUGUGUAAAAUCAUGUACUCAUUGACAUAAUGGACAUGCUGAAAAUAUGUUAUGGUCAUGUUAGGGUUAAAGGAUCUAAGUAAUUAAAGCAAAAUAUAAUUGAGACUUUCAUGCUACAAGGUGCUCAGUUCCCUCUGGAGAGGAUUCAUCACUUCAGAACUAGACCUUCAGGCCCUGAUCCAACAAUGCAUUUAAGCACAUGCUCAGUUUUGAAUGCAUGAGUAAUACAGCUGUUAUGCUUAAGUGCUUUGCUGAAUCAUGGCCUCACUGUUCAGGAAAUAGAUCAGGGAAACGUAGAAAUAAGUUAGUAUCUCACGAACAAACUAAAUGUUAUGGGCACUUGAUUGUGUCAUAUUGUAAAUGCACUGAUUUUUUUAACUUGUGAUCACUUCAAUUGACUUUCAAAGGAAUGAAGUGGAAAAAUGCAUUAAUCACAUGGAGUCAGAGCCUAAACUGGCAUAAAUUGGUAUAGCUCCAUAGACUUAUAAUUGAGGACCUGGCUUAGCUAACAAAAAACCUGGAUCCAAUCAUACAAUUUUAAUGCAAGCCGAACAUGUUGUGAAGUGUCUGCAAGUUAUAUUCAAAAGAGAACAUCAGGAUCAUUCUUCUGCUUCAAAUAACAUCCUACUGUCAAACUCCCUACAUAUUUUAAGUUAUACAUAUAACAUUAUCCAGGUCAAAGAAAAAUUCUAAAUAUAAUUUAAUUGAGCUGAAUUUCCAUCCUUGCAUAAAAGUUCAGAACAGUCACUGAAGGAAACACUCAAUAAGCAAGAAAGUUUAAUUCAUUUGGGUCAUAAAGAACCUGACUGUGAAGCACUUACCCAGUUAGUGAGGAGUUAAUCACAUAGAUAAAUCCACUGAACUCUGCCUCAGAAGGAAUACAGGUUUCCCUCGGUUUAUGCUGCACGUGUUCCUGGAAAAAGGCACAUAACUGGAAUUUGCAUAAAGGGAACCCACUUUACAAUGUAACAAAUAGGGAUACAUACGUUCCAAGACCUUAACUAUACUGACCCCCAGACCCAUUUCUACCACUUUUACAAGACAAUUGUGGUACUCACCAACAGCAGACAGUGCACACAAGCACAGGGCACUAUCAUAAUGGGGAUGCCAACUACAGAAACACGUGUCUCGGAUAACAAGCAAGGAGCACAGAUCCACACAGGAGACUAUAUUUUGGUGCAUGUCAUUCCCACAAUGCACUAUACAACGCAGCUGACUGUGGACUUCCACCACACCAGUCACAUAAGAGUGAAUUUACCUUGCAUAUAAUGAAUUUUUGGUAUAAAAAGGGUCAUCACAUAAGAGCAAAUUUGAACAUACAGAACCUGCAUAAAGCAAGGAAAACCUGUAUUUGAAAACUGUGAGGUUUUCACAGUUUUUGAACCUGUAUUUGAAAACUGCCAUGUUGGUCUGAGGAUAUAGGAAGACAAGGUUCUUUGGGUAAGAGCAUUUCCAGAGGUGAAGCCCUGUCUUGUCAAAGUAAAUGAUGGAAUUUUCAUGGAUUUUAACAGGACCAAGGUCUCACCUUAACACUUUUUCCUCCCCCCACCCCCAAUCUUUUUUUUUAACCUUCAGUUAUAAAAAAAAUAAAUAAAUUUAAAAAAUUGGAACAAGAAGGGGAAAAAAGAAUAUUUUAUACCAGUGUUUCACAGCUUUUUUUAGGUUGGCAAUCCUUUAUUCAAAGCAAAAAAAUUAAUGCCUUCCUAUUACAUUUACUAUAAAUGUAAGCGUAAAAAAUGUGUUAAGCAUAACAAUAAUCACCCUGCAUAAUAUGUGUGUGUGCGCGCACAUGCGUGCAUGUUUCAAGUUCUCGGAGGAUCCUUGCCAUUGAAAGGGAAGGGUAUGUUGAGAGUGGGAGAAAGAUGUUUUUACCCUACAUAAUAUAAUAAAACUUUCAAACCUCAUGACCACCCUGAUUGGCUUUUGUGACCACCCUGGGUGGAAGAAUACUGUUCUAUACUGAUGUCAUAUGUGCAGACUUAAUUAGAUAACCGUAAGCCUUUCUGAAACAUUUAUUUCUAUAAAUACUGAGCACUGUUACAUUUGUUUGUUUUCCCAGAUAUUCUUUAUAAACAUAGACCAUAUUUCAUAUCUAUUUUCCUACUUGUUAUUGUUCUAUUAUCUGUUUUACAUCAUUUGAAAUAUGAUACUCUGAAUUUCCAUCAUGCUUACUAAAGACAAAGUUUAGUUUCACAUGCUAUAUCACCAAUCUGUUGUUGUUAACAUGUUGUCUUUUUCAGUACUAGAAAAUAUGUAUUUCUUCUACAAAUAAAUAAUUCCAGCUACCUAAACUUUUUUUUUGACAAGUAUACAUGUAUUUUGAAAGUGUGGGAAAUACUUAUGGUAUCACUAUAGACUGUACUGGCACUGGAUAAAUUUACUUGUCCUUCCUCAUAGAUAAUGACUGAACUUUCUCUUCAAUAAAUUCUAGAACAAUA